CCUGUAACCGCUCUGUAACGUGCAGAAGCAGUACUGAGUGCUCGGAAGGACAGUCCGUCAAAGUUCCUGAACGAGUGUGUGUGUGUGUGAAGAUAUGUCGGGCAGCAGGCUGAUGAGAGCCAUCAGAGUGAGUGAGUUCGGAGCUCCGGCAGUGCUCAGACUGUGCUCCGAUGUGACUGUCCCUCAGCCGGGACGCAGACAGGUGUUGAUCCGUGUCCAUGCCUGUGGAGUGAACCCUGUGGAAACGUACAUCCGGGCCGGGACAUACGCCCGUAAGCCCACCCUGCCAUACACACCGGGCACAGACGUAGCUGGAGUGGUGGAAACUGUUGGAGAAGGAGUCUCUGCAGUAAAGGCAGGAGACCGUGUGUUCACCACAGCCACAGUCAGUGGAGGUUACACAGAGUACGCUGUAGCAGCUGACGACUGUGUCCACAAGCUGCCCGACGCUUUAGACUUCACCCAGGGUGCGGCCAUAGGCAUCCCAUACUUCACUGCCUACAGAGCUCUGGUUCACAAAGCCCACGCCAAGCCUGGAGAGACCGCCCUCAUCCAUGGAGCCAGUGGAGGGGUCGGUGUGGCGGCGUGCCAGUUGUCCCGUGCUCUGGGGCUCAGGGUGUUAGGGACAGCAGGAACACCAGAGGGGAUGAAGCUGGUUCUCAACAACGGAGCUCAUCUGGCCUUUAAUCACAGAGAAGAGGGCUACACAGACAAAAUCAUGGAAGCCACAGAGGGCAGAGGCAUAGAUGUGAUAGUGGAGAUGCUGUCAAAUGUUAACCUCAGUAAAGACCUCCAGAUGUUGGGCUAUGGAGGACGUGUUACGAUCGUGGGCUCCAGAGGCCCCGUAGAGAUCAACCCCAGAGACACCAUGGCUAAAGAGAGCAGCAUCAUGGGAGUGGCUCUUUUCUUCGCCACACCGGAGGAGCAGAGGGAGUGUGCAGCACAGCUCUACGCAGGGAUGGAAGCUGGUUGGUUGCGUCCAGUUGUUGGUUCCCAGUAUCCGCUCGACAAGGCCGCCCAGGCCCACCAUGACAUCAUUGAGUCUCCCGGGGCUGCUGGGAAGAUGGUCCUGACCAUGUGAUGAUGUGUUCAUAUGCAGGCAGGUCAAAUGUCACCAUGGGGUUAGGGUUUUGGCUGUUCAUAAAGCGGACUCUUGAGGAGCAAACAGUGAUUAAUGUGGUGACAUUGAGGUUUAAAUAAUUUAAGGUUUGAAGGUUUUUACUAGAAUACUAAUGCGCUUAGACACAAACUCAUUGAUCACUCAUCACUGCCAAUAUGCAAAACAUGGUAACAAGAAUAUAAAGGUUAGAAGGUUGAAGUUACUGAGGUCUGCUGUGAUUUGUCAAACUGAAGAUGACGACAUGGUUAAUUUCAACUACUAAAUCUAACAAGGAAUAAUGUGUGAUUCUGCGUGGUCCAAUCACUUGAGUUGUACAAGACUAGCUAGUACACUGGCUCCCAACCUUUUUCCUCAAGGGACCCCUUUUCUGUCAUUGAGUAAAAUGACUCAGUGACAUAUUUUUAGUUUUUAUAUAUUUUAUCAUAUUUUUCAUAUUGUAUUCACUGCAUAACAGUAACAGUA